GAGGGGACGAUCCCUCAUCUCUCUUCGACUGGGGAAUAAUCCGCCCCGGUUCGCCACUGGGCCCCAGCGAUCCGAAAUCAGGCAGGGAAAUGCUGAGCGAACCAAUCCAACUACUAUUCCAGGUGGGAUCUGUGGAGUCAUAUAAACGUUAACGAACUAUGGGGAAGGUGGAAGGGAAUAAUCCAUCCUGAAAACCCGACGUUUAUCCUCGAUUUCGCCCCUCGCGAUCUCUCUCCCCUGCCAGAACCCUCGUCCUCUGCCGUCUUCAUCUCGAAAAAAAAAAAAAAAACAACCCAAAAUGUCGUCCACCAAAACCCCCGUCCUGAGCCAGAAUGCUCCCCCUCCCAGCCCGCUGAUGUCCCAAGGAAUCAUCUGCAAUGGCAUGGUCUACUGCUCCGGCAGCCUGGGCCUCGAUCCCAAGACCGGCCAAUUCGUCCCAGGCGAUGCUUCAGACAGAACGGUCCAAGCUCUACGGAAUCUCGAACAAAUCCUGCUGGCGGGAGGUAGCGACCUGAGCAAGGUGGUCAAAGUGACCAUCUUCCUCUCCAGCAUGGACCACUAUGGAAAAGUCAACGAGGGCUAUGCAAAGGUUUUCACCCAUGAUGUCAAACCGUGCCGGACUUGUGUGGCGGUUGCGAAGCUUCCCCUGGAUGCCGAGGUGGAAAUUGAGCUUGUUGCUUCGGUUUAAUGACAAUCGGCCCGAGGGGGUUGGGAUAUGAAUGAAUUCAAUACGUUCCCCUCGCGCAGUACUCCGGAUAGAUUCAGCAAACUGAAAACGUAAUUGGCUUGCCGUAGGCACUCGGGGUCAAAAUUGAUGUUGAAAUGACGGGGGCUGGACUGCCUGCCUGCUCCCAAUCGGUUCUAUAUUGACACAUGGCAUUUUCA